AUGAAUUUCAAACAUUUAAGUGUGUUCACGGGGCUUUUAUUUUAUGCUUCUAAAAGCUUCGCAAAUCCAGAUCAUGGGUCAGCUGAGGGUACUGGUGGAAAAUCAGUAACAGAUGGCGUAACAAAAACAGUAUUAGCAUUAUUAGGUGGUGGUGGCUUAGUUCCUGAUGUAGUUGAAUCUCUUGGAGAUGUUAUCUGCGAUGUAGGUAAAGCAGUCGUUGGUUUGACGAAGCCAGAACAAACAUAUGGUAGAAGAGGUUGUAAAGAGAGUGGCUGGAAAUCGGAAGGAAAAGGUGGUCAACCAGGAGGUGGUGUUUGGAAACCAGGAGACAACGGUAGUCAACCAAGCAAGAAUGGAGACAAGCAUCAAGAGACUGGUUCGAAGCCAGGAGGUAGUGUUAAUCAAAAAGGAGGCAGCCAUUUUAAACCAGGCAAGGAUGGAGGCAACCAUGAAGAGAGUGGUUCGAUGCAUGGAGGUAGUGGUAAUCAAAAAGGAGGUAGCCAUGGUAAACCAGGUUUCAGCGGUGAUAAGCCUGAAGGUAGUGGUAAUCAAAAAGGAGGUAGCCAUAAUAAACCAGGUUUCAGCGGUGAUAAGCCUGAAGGUAGUGGUAAUCAAAAAGGAGGUAACCAUGAUAAACCAGGUUUCAGCGGUGAUAAGCCUGAAGGUAGUGGUGGAUCUAGGGGUGAUCAUUCUUCAGGUGGAGACUCUGGAGAUUGUUCACAAGAAUACGGUAACGAUAGCUCUGGCUGUAGCGAUAGUUAA